GUGGUUGUUGUGCUGCGACAGGUUUUCAGUUGUUGUCCAGGCUUUUACGAGAAAGGAGCAGAAACGCUGAGAUGAUCCUCAACAUCUUCAUCAUCUUCAUCAGCACAGUUUAUCUGAGCUGCCAGCAAAGUCUCGAGAGUCCUUCUCAGUGGUCAGAUUUCGUGGUGACGCAGCCGCGGUGUCAGACGGUGAACCUGGACGGGGGGGCCUCCAUCAGCUGUGAACACAACGCCCCAGUCACCUCCAUUGUGGAUGUUCGACUCAACCGUUUGUCAGAGGGCAGAAACGAGAUGCUCUGCCAGAAGGGAAAGAACGACUGUGAGAACAUCGUCAUGUAUCCACAGAAUCCCAACAAGUGUCUCUUCAUCCUCCUGAAGCUCGGGCCUGAGGACAUGGACGCCACGUACCAGUGUGAGUUCACCGUGAAGAAAGAUGGCAUUGAUAAGACCAGGACGGGAACACCGACCAGACUGAGGCCAGAUUUCGUGGUGACGCAGCCGCGGUGUCAGACGGUGAACCUGGACGGGGGGGCCUCCAUCAGCUGUGAACACAGCGCCCCAGUCACCUCCAUUGUGGAUGUUCGACUCAACCGUUUGUCACAGGGCAAUAGCUCGAUGCUCUGCCAGAAGGGAAACAACGACUGUGAGAACAUCGUCAUGUAUCCACAGAAUCCCAACAAGUGUCUCUUCAUCCUCCUGAAGCUCGGGCCUGAGGACAUGGACGCCACGUACGAGUGCGAGUUCACCGUGAAGAUAGAUGGCAUUGAUAAGACCAGGACGGGAACACCGACCAGACUGAGGCCAGUUCAAAAUGUCACAGAUUGGGACUGCGUCACUCCCCCUACUCCUCCUCCUGCUCUUCCUACUCCUGCUCCUCAUCCUCAGCUUCCUGACCUCAUCUGGAUUCUGAUUGGUCUGAUGGCUCUGCUUCUCCUGUACGGCUGCGUCAUCACCUGCGUCUUCAUCAGGCUGAGGGUGACUAGCCAAAGUCACAGCAUUGUUCAUCAUGAGAACUCUACCUAUGUGGAAAUGAGGAAAGCUCCUCUGCUGGCGAAGUGACCUCUGACCUCUCCACGUCUGGUGGCCCGUGUCUUUUUGCCUCCGAGUCGAGCUAAAACACAACAGUCCCAAACUUUCACUUGAUUUGCUUCUUUGUCGCGCGUCUCUUUUUGUAGCUGAAAACCGCUGCACUACUGCAGCUAAACUGCAGGAGGUGACAAAGAGAUGUUUUCUGCUGCUGCACGAGUUCAUCAGAGCUUUUACAGAAGAACAAUAUGUGGUAACAUGCUAUUAUUCAUUAUAUUGAAUAUAAAUAUAUGUUCAACUCUUUUUAAUCUACCGACAGAUGUUUUCAUCUUCAGUAAAUCCCUGCAGCUUAAACAUCUGUUUUGUCGCUCGUGUGCAGCUUUUAUUUGACUAUAUAUCAUCUAUUUAACUUAUUUUUGUCAUGAGUGUUUUCAGUUGGUAUUAUUAUUAAUUGUUCUACCAGGAGGUGGGAAGCUUAAUAUUAGCAUAAUGACAUUUACUAAUACAGUAAAACUGCUACAAAUAAACACAUAAACAAACACGACUGGAUCCCGUCAUAAACAAAGUAAAGCAGGUGGUUAUUCUCACGGGGAUUUUGUGAAGCGUUGAGUAAGAACAGAAGAAGAACAGAAGAAGAACAGAAGAAGAACAGCCUGUAAUCACUGUCUGUGGGUUUGUGCUCUGAGACAAUCAGGGAGAUUAUGUCUUGACUGAUGCUGACUUAUUAUCAUGAACUGUACAGGUGAACGUGUCCUGGGCCAAGUUCACACGAGGCGUUCAAUGACUCACAGGAUCAUGAAGGUGUCGUUAGCUCAGGAGCCUCCUUUUCAUAUUUCCUUAUUUUACUUCUUAUUUAAACUGAUCAUAGUUUCCUAUUUUAUCCCCUUUGCUGCUGGAACGGAACAUUUUCCAAUAGUGAGAAUAAUAAAAGAAAGUCGUAUCUUGUCAUAUUGGUGUGUAUCUUUAGAUAUCAUAUCGUAUUUUUCCAUAUCAUAUCGUAUCUUAUUGUAUCUUGUAUCUUAUUGUAUCUUACAACAUCUUAUAGUAUCUUAUUGUAUCUUACAACAUCUUAUAGUAUCUAAUCGUAUCUUAUAACAUUAUAUCUAAUCGUAUCUUGUCUUAUCGUAUCUUAUCUUGGUGAAUCUUAUCUUAUUGUUUCUUACUGUAUCCUAUCGUAUCUUUGUGUAUCGUAUCUCCUCGUAUCUUAUAUCUUAUCGUAUCUUAUCUAAAUUCUACACAUUUGUCCUGAUACUUAAUAAACGCUGUUUGAAAGAUGUACACCUUGAAGAUUUAGAUUAAAAUUUCACAAUAAAGAUGAGUUGAUUCUG